UAUGUCGUAUUGUAUACUGUCUAUGGUCUAUGUGAGCGACCCAAAGCCUAUGCCCAUAGCGACCGUUGGUUGGAGAAUUGAUCUGCAUCGUCAUGACAAUAAAGCUAUCUUUUGUGCAGUAUUACGAUCCAAUUUAAAACGCAAUCUUAUUCAUUUAGCUACUUAAUCGACAUGUACAUUUCAUUGUUUUGAACAUACUACCCGUCUUAAGGAAAGAGAAAAUGAGGAACCUCAUUUUGACCUAAUGUAUUAACUGUCGCUGCACUGCACCCGCUCUCCUCCUCUCCUCCUCUCCUCCUCUCCUCCACUCCUCCACUCCUCCCGGUUAAACGUUAUCGCAGCUCCGGUGCCGCUAUGGGCUGCCCUCUUCUCCUGCUGAUCGUUGUCGUGCUGUCAGCAUGGUCGGCUAUCGGAGACCCGGCGGGAUCCGCUGAUGUCGACGGAGCUCCGCCUUCUAAAAUAGCGGUGGUCGGGGCGGGGAUAGGAGGCAGUGCCACAGCCCAUUUCUUGCGGCAGCACUUUGGCCCUGAGGUCCAGGUGGAUGUGUUUGAGAAGGGGGAGGUCGGAGGCCGUCUUGCCACUGUAACCGUCAAUCACAAUGACUACGAGUCUGGCGGUUCUAUCAUUCACUCCCUCAACCUCCACAUGCAGGAGUUUGUCAAACAGCUAGGUUUAAAGUAUCGCCGCAGCGUGGCGGGCAAGACAGCGGUGUUUAACGGCCAGGAGGUGAUCUUGGAGGAGACAGACUGGUACCUGCUGGACCUGUUCCGGCUGUGGUGGCGCUACGGCAUCAGCUUCAUACGCCUGCAGAUGUGGGUGGAAGAAAUUAUGGAGAAAUUCAUGAGAAUCUACAAGUACCAGGCCCACGGCUACGCCUUCAGCUCAGUGGAGGAACUACUGGACUCUCUCGGGGGGAGUGGCUUCAUCAACAUGACCCGGAGGCCGCUCUGUAGUUCGCUGCUGGAGCUGGGUGUGUCGCAGCGUUUCAUCGACGAGGUCAUUGAGCCCAUCAUGAGGGUCAACUACGGCCAGAACGUCAGCAUCCCCGCCUUUGUCAGGAGAGAGGAAGGGAAAAGAAAAGAGAUACAGGAGACGAGGAAGGGUGGAGCAGGGAGUCGAGAGAAGAAGAGAGGGAAGCAAGGCGCUGUAUCGUUAGCUGGUGCCCAGAACAACCUGUGGGCGGUGGAAGGAGGCAACAAGCUGGUGUGUUCUGGCCUGCUGAAGAUGGCCAACGCCAACCUGCUGCAAGCACAAGUCAACUCCAUCUCGCCCAUCUACUCCGGGGAGGAGCCCCAGUACCAGCUGAGCUUCACCACAGCAUCAGAGACGAGAUCAGAGCUGUAUGACAUUGUAGUGUUGGCGACGCCCCUCCAGGCCAGUGUCAGGUCUGGAGUCCAGUUCCACGGUUUCACUCCUCCUUUUGAUGAGCUCCCUGGCAAUUAUCACAGCACUGUUGCAACCAUUGUCCAUGGUUACCUAAACACUUCUUUCUUUGGUUUCCCGGACCCUCGCCUCUUCCCCUUUGCCAGCGUUUUGACAACUGAGACGCCUGAUCUGUUUUUCAACAGCGUGGCAAGCGUUUGUCCCGUCAACAUCUCGACAGGCUUUCGACGUAAGCAGCCACAAGAGGCCGGAGUCUAUAAAGUGUUCUCGCCACAACCCCUGGAAAAGGCUCAUCUCAAAACACUGUUCAGGUCAUACUACUCAGUUCAGGUGACAGAGUGGCAGGCCUACCCUUGUUACGGCAGUAGCCAGGGACUGCCGCCUGUGGAGCUCCACCCCAAUCUCUACUACCUCAAUGGCAUCGAGUUGGCCGGCAGCGCCAUGGAGAUGAGCUCAGUGGCGGCCAAGAACAUCGCCCUGCUGGCUUACCACCGCUGGAACAGACAGACGGACAUGGUGGACCAGAAAGAUCUUAUGCACAGAAUCAAGACUGAACUUUGACCUGGUCAACUGAAAGCCUUAUCGCAUCACUAAGCUGAUGUGCAGUAAAAUGCCUGUAUUGGGGUACUACAUUUUACAGUUUGACUUGUGAGAAGUCUCCAGUUACAAAGUGUAUAUAGAGACAAGUAAUCUAUUACUACAUACAUCUAAUACACUGAAUCAAUGAUACAUAUGUUGAACAUAAUCUGACCCUGCCUUAUCUUAAAUAAACUUAAACAUACAACAGAAAAACCCUAUCAAAGUCAAAUCAAGUCUAAAACUAAUUUUAAUUGCACCACUAUACAGUAGACAACUGUGGUACUGUGCAACUGUCCAAAGGCCAUGUGAUUUCGCUGCCCGAGACAAGAUAUGCAGAUAUAUGAAACAUUUUUCAGUAUUGGUUGAGGAGUGAUUGCUAAUGCUAAUUAGUGGUUUCAACCAAAAAUCCAGCUGCAGGCAGCUUUUCUUUGCCAAGAAAUAAGGAAACCAAGCAACCGUGGAAAACCCCUUAUAAUAAUAUUAGUCUUAGUAGGAAGUGAAUGGACUGCUAGGAGACACUGUUUUAUUGGGUUGCUGGUAGUGUGAAUCAACACCAGUUAAUAUGGGUACUAGUCUAAGGUUACUGGUGCUGCUCUGUGUAAAUAAAAAAUCUUGUGUCCAAGUCAAGAAAACACUCUUGGAAUCAAGAUUGAGAGCAUGAAUGAGACUCUUCUAAAUGGCUGCUUUUUGACUGUGCUGUGACAGCUGUGAGAUAUGCGCCAGGUCAUUGAUUUAACUGCCUUUAGGCACAUAAACCAGCCCUCUGUCAUAUAAUCAAAAACAACUGCAGCACUGCUAUGAUUGUCUAUACUUUUAAGGACUGUCAAUGGACUUAUUAUUGGCCCGAACUGCACAAGGAGAUCUCAUUAAAAUAAUCUCAGAAAGAUCUUUGUAAAUAAUAAAAUCAUUAUUCAGUGACUCAUGGUAGUGGCCACUGGUGCUAUGCUCUAUUGCCCCUUUCAUCAGACUGUUUCAUUAUCUCCCCUUCCUGCUGCUUUUGUUGCAUAAUCCAGCAGAAAGAAUUUUUUUCGGGGAACGGAGCCAACAGGCUUUCACACUGGACCAAAUGAAAGCAAAGGACAGAUCUGUGGAACUGCUGGUGGUGAUGAUGACACACACACCCCUCCCCCUGCAUCCUGCUUUUUUAUAAUAAGCACAAUAAUCUCGGAAAAACACGUGAAGAUAGAGUUGGACAUUCACUUACAGUAAUGGCAAGUGCUAAAAGGAUGGUGUGACAUAAGAAAACUGACUGUUGAUUAUCCUCAUAAGACUUGGAGAUAAUCCUUGUUUUAUUCCUUUUUUUAAUUUAUAACAGUGGAUUUGGACUGAAGUGGAUUUCUGUUCUCAGAAAAACUUAAUUUAACUGUUGUCAACUAAAAACUUUCAAAAUGCCACAAUGAAGAUUGUUUAUCUAUUUUCUUUUUAUUAUUCAGUUUUCACUGAGCCGCAGCUUCUGUACAUAAAACAGUCAAAUUCUUGUCGCAAUACCUUUAUGAUAUUCUGUAAAACAAAAACAGAAUGCAAAUGCACACAAUGCAUAUUAUUGUAUGGAACCAUCUUGUGGGCUGACAAAAGAAUCCCAAAUCAAGAUUCGCUUUUUGCAAAGUGUUCAAUGGCAUCUCACUGAGGAAGCUCCAUCCAUUAAUGAAGGUCGUGAGAUGGGAUUAAAAGUUGAGACAAAAACGA